GCCUGUCUGAAGUCUGAAGGGUCUGCUUUACGAAGCUGUGCAAAAGUGAUCGCAGACAAAAACGGGAAGACGCGUGUGGUUCCGCGUAUUUUCCAUCCCAAUUUUUGCCAAUUUGCUUGCGCUAAUUCCUGUUUAAUUGUGCUGCAUCGCGUCCGCGGUCUGAAUCCGCAGUGGAAAAUGUCGAAACGACGAAUCGAAGUGAUGGAUCCCUUCAUCAAGAAGCGAAGGGAGGAAAAAGGGAUGUUAGAUUCCGGAGCGUCCACCAGUGGCAACAACAGUGUGGCCUUGACCGGGACAACCGCCUCCAAUGGGAAAACCAACCCUCUGAACGGAAUUCCGUACACGCAGAACUACUUUAACCUGUACAAAAAGCGAAUUACGCUGCCGGUUUUCGAAUAUAGGGCGGAUUUUAUGCGUCUCCUGUCGGAACACCAGUGCAUUGUGUUGGUCGGUGAAACAGGUUCCGGAAAGACGACCCAGAUUCCCCAGUGGUGUGUGGACUUUGCCAGGGCCAGUGGCAACAAGGGGGUGGCCUGUACGCAGCCCCGUCGAGUGGCCGCAAUGUCCGUCGCCCAGAGAGUCUCGGAGGAAAUGGAUGUCCUCCUGGGGCAGGAAGUGGGUUACAGCAUCCGUUUCGAGGACUGCUCCUCGGCGAGGACCAUUCUCAAAUACAUGACCGAUGGUAUGUUGCUGCGUGAAGGAAUGAGUGACCCCAUGUUGGAAACCUAUCAGGUGAUUCUUCUCGACGAGGCCCACGAACGUACGCUGGCCACAGAUUUGCUGAUGGGUGUCCUCAAGGAAGUGAUUCGUCAGCGAAAAGAUCUGAAACUCGUUAUUAUGUCCGCCACUUUGGACGCAGGCAAGUUCCAGCAGUACUUCGACAAUGCCCCACUGAUGAAUGUUCCGGGUCGAACCCAUCCGGUCGAGAUUUUCUACACUCCCGAACCGGAAAGGGAUUACUUGGAAGCGGCCAUCCGUACCGUCAUUCAGAUUCACAUGUGCGAAGACGUUGAAGGGGACAUUUUGAUGUUCCUCACCGGUCAGGAGGAGAUUGAAGAAGCUUGCAAACGAGUGAAGCGUGAAAUCGAUAAUCUCGGACCGGAAGUUGGCGAAUUGAAGUGCAUUCCACUGUACUCUUCACUGCCACCCAACAUGCAGCAGAAGAUUUUCGAAGCAGCUCCACCCAAAAAGGCAAACGGAGCCAUUGGACGAAAGGUGGUCAUCUCCACCAACAUUGCAGAAACUUCGCUCACCAUUGAUGGAGUGGUGUUUGUGAUUGAUCCGGGAUUCUCCAAACAGAAGGUCUACAAUCCGCGAAUUCGCGUGGAGAGUUUGCUGGUUUCACCGAUUAGUAAAGCUUCGGCUCAGCAGCGCGCCGGUCGUGCAGGCCGUACCAGGCCUGGCAAAUGCUUCCGGUUGUACACCGAAAAGGCAUACAAAACGGAAAUGCAGGAUAACACUUAUCCUGAAAUUCUGAGAUCCAAUUUAGGAACUGUUGUGUUACAGUUGAAGAAACUCGGUAUCGACGAUUUGGUACAUUUUGACUUCAUGGACCCUCCGGCUCCGGAAACCCUGAUGCGAGCAUUGGAGCUUCUGAACUACUUGGCCGCCCUGGACGAUGACGGAAAUCUGACGGAUUUGGGAGCAGUAAUGGCCGAAUUUCCACUAGAUCCACAGCUGGCAAAGAUGCUGAUCGCGAGCUGUCAGCACAACUGCUCGAACGAGAUCCUCUCAAUUACGGCUAUGCUGUCGGUCCCGCAGUGUUUCGUGCGCCCGAACGAGCUCAAAAAGGCCGCCGAUGAUGCCAAGAAGCGCUUUGCCCAUCUCGACGGUGACCAUCUCACACUCCUGAACGUGUAUCACGCCUUCAAGCAGAACAACGAAGACCCAAGCUGGUGUUAUGACAAUUUCAUCAACUUCCGUUCGCUCAAAUCAGCCGACAAUGUGCGUCAGCAGUUGGCCCGGAUAAUGGAUCGGUUCAACCUCAAACGUACAAGCACAGACUUCAACACGACCAACUACUAUUUCAACAUUCGGAAGGCUCUGGUUGAAGGGUUCUUCAUGCAGGUAGCUUACUUGGAGCAGACGAAGCAUUACGUGACGAUCAAGGAUAAUCAAAUAGUGCAGCUGCAUCCAUCAACCUGUUUAGGUCACAGGCCGAAUUGGGUCAUGUACAACGAAUUUGUGCUGACUACCAAAAAUUACAUUCGAACCGUGACCGACGUGAAACCGGAAUGGUUACUGACGAUUGCACCACAAUAUUACGACUUGAACAAUUUCCCAGAGUGCGAAGCCAAGCGCCAACUGGAAUUUAUAAACACGAAACUUGAAUCAAAGCAGUAUCAGCAAGGAUUUUAGAUAAUAGCUUUCUGGAUUGCAUCAAAUGUACCUUGGCACUUUUUUAUCCGAUUUAUUUUGUUUAGAUUUCCUACUUUCCAAUAGUUGUGAUUCUAGAGUUAAAUACCUGCUAUCAUCCGAAUUAAAUUGAUAAAAGAAAAUGAUAUGAAGCUGAUCAGCUUUGCACACAAGAAUAUGGGCUGCAAAUUCACAGAAUUACUACUACACAGGAAAUAAACGUACCACCCACUAUGACGUAA